AUGGGUGGAUAUCAAAACAUGGAUGCAGAUGACUGGGGGUUCUGCUGCUUUUUCCUCUCUGGGGGGUCUGGGCUGAGGUUAGACGUCUUUUUAAUGAUCCGACGUCACAAGACGACCAUCUUCACAGACGCCAAGGAGUCCAGUACGGUGUAUGAGCUGAAAAGAAUUGUUGAGGGGAUACUUAAGAGACCCCCAGAAGAACAAAGGCUGUACAAGGAUGACCAGCUGUUGGAUGACAGCAAAACCCUCAGAGACUGUGGCUUCACCAGCCAGACAGCACGACCUCAGGCCCCAGCAACAGUUGGCUUGGCCUUCAGAGCCAGUGAAGAUGCCUUUGAGCCCCUCCACAUUGAUCCCUUCUCCAGCCCCCCAGAGCUCCCAGACGUGAUGAAGCCCCAGGACUCUGGCAGCAGCGCCAACGAGCAAGCAGUGCAGUGA